AUGAAACUGCUAUUUUCUCAUUCAUCAAUAUUUUUCAUUGUUCUCAAUCAUAUUUUUGCACAGAACAACGAUAUUUUUGAAGUUAACAUUUUUAUUGAAAAAUGCGACCCCGCAUGUGUUUUCGAACCUCGACAUGUGAAUUCUGAAACUGUGAAGUUAUUUCCAAGAAGUUGCGAAACAGUAUGCGCAUAUUUGCUUUUUGAUGAGUCCACAGAUGUUUCAGACAACGAAUUGUCUGGAAUUUUUCAAAAUAUGCGAAAUUUAUUCGGAUUUGUACAUGUAAUGAAUACAAACUUUACUAAUUUGAAAUUCUUAGAAGGUUUGGAGUCUCUGGAAUGUAAUUACAAUGAUAAUUUAGUCAUUCAAUCCAACAAAUAUAUCACUGAAAUUGGAAUCGAAAGUCUUCAAGGAGUUCUUGCGUUCCUCUACUUUCUUACAACUGAUCGAUUGAGCAUUGUUAUCACGAACAAUUCUCCAAACUUUUGUCUAACCAUUCAAGAAACAAACAAUAUGUUUUAUGCACAAAUUUUCGAACAUGAUAUGAUUUCUGCAUCGAUUUGUGAUUUUAAUCAGACUUCCAUUGAAGAUCAAAAAUUGUGUAAAAUCGAUAAUUUCGAUUUGACGAAUUUCAAUCCAAAGUGUCAAAGAGUUUUUGGGACCGUUUUAGUGAAUGAGGGAGAUGAGUUGUUGGUUGGAAAAUUGAAUAAUAUCAAAUGGAUUUAUGGAGAGCUAGUGAUAAAUGGAACGAAAUUAGAGACGAUUGACUUUUUGGACAGUUUGGAGCAUGUUGUUUCUUUGGAUGCAAAAUCCAAUAUUCACAAUUCUAGUCCAGCAAUAUUUAUUUACAACAAUCAAAAAUUAUCAAGUGCAAGUUUCCCAAGUUUGAUGACUGUUAUCGGCGGUUCCAGUCCUUUUCAAUUCGUUCAAAACAACGAAUCAUUAACUUUUAAUCCGGAAAUUUGUACGAAAAGUCAAAAAGGGAUGAAUACGAUCAAACAAGUCCCAACUAUCGAUGGGAAAACUUGUGUUCCAGGAGUUGAAAAAAUUAUCUUGAAUUCCACUGCAGAUUUCUUCGAAACAUCAUUCUUGUUUUUAGAUCCUCCACCAACAUUUCCUCUUGCUCCUUAUCCAGUUCCUCCUCUUUUAUAUGCUAAUGGCACCUGCCUGCUCGCUCUAGCUCCAGAGCUCCAGUGCUCCAGCUCCAGAUAA